CGGACACGAUCGGCGUUGCGACUACUCUCUCUCUCUCUCUCUCUCUCUCUCUCUCUCUCUCUCUCUCUCUCUCCCGUUGAGCGCUUGAUUCCUCUUCGCUGGUUUCGGAGCAAGAACCGAAGGAUGAGAGGAUUGGUGAACAAGCUCGUUUCGAGAUCUCUCUCCGUUGCUGGAAAAUGGCAGCAGCAACAGCUCCGCCGUCUCAACAUCCACGAGUAUCAGGGGGCUGAGUUGAUGGGGAAAUAUGGAGUGAAUGUGCCAAAGGGAGUGGCUGUUUCUUCUGUGGAAGAAGUAAAAAAGGCUAUCCAGGAAGUUUUCCCCAACGAAAAUGAGUUGGUCGUUAAGAGCCAAAUUUUGGCUGGUGGAAGAGGUCUAGGAACAUUUAAGAGUGGUCUUCAGGGUGGAGUUCACAUUGUCAAGCGCGAUCAGGUUGAAGAUAUUGCUGGAAAGAUGCUAGGACAGAUACUCGUCACCAAACAAUCUGGUCCUGAAGGCAAAGUAGUGAGCAAGGUUUACUUGUGUGAGAAACUGUCACUCAUCAACGAGAUGUACUUUUCCAUAAUUUUGGAUCGUAAAACUGCUGGUCCGCUUAUCAUUGCCUGCAGAAAAGGAGGUACCAGCAUUGAAGACCUUGCCGAAAAGUUUCCUGAUAUGAUUGUUAAGGUACCAAUCAAUGUUUUUGAUGGAAUUACUGAUGAGGAUGCUGCAAAGGUUGUGGAUGGUUUGGCACCUAAAGGUGCUGAUAGGAAAGAUUCGAUUGAACAAGUGAAGAAGCUAUAUGAACUUUUCUGCAAGUGCGACUGCACAAUGUUGGAAAUCAAUCCCCUUGCUGAGACAUCGAGCAACCAGUUGGUAGCUGCUGAUGCCAAGUUGAACUUUGAUGAUAAUGCUGCUUUCCGACAAAAAGGGAUCUUUGCCCUCCGUGAUCCCACACAAGAGGAUCCACGAGAGGUGGCCGCUGCCAAGGCUGACCUGAACUACAUUGGGUUAGAUGGAGAAAUCGGUUGCAUGGUUAAUGGGGCUGGAUUAGCUAUGGCUACAAUGGAUAUCAUUAAACUGCAUGGUGGAACGCCUGCCAAUUUCCUUGACGUUGGUGGAAAUGCUUCUGAAAAUCAGGUGGUUGAGGCAUUCAAGAUAUUGACUUCUGACAAGAAAGUGAAAGCAAUCUUGGUUAACAUUUUCGGUGGGAUAAUGAAAUGUGAUGUGAUAGCAACCGGAAUUGUCAAUGCUGUGAAACAGGUCUCCCUGAAAGUGCCUGUGGUUGUCCGUCUUGAAGGUACCAACGUUGAACAGGGAAAGAGGAUCUUGAAGGAAAGUGAACUGUCCCUGAUUACAGCUGAGACCCUGGACGAAGCUGCCAAGAAAGCUGCUAUAGCUGUUAAGGUUGUUGAAGCUUUCUCGGCUCCUCUAAAAAAUCCAUGAGAUCUGUUCAAUAACAAACUGGGAGCAAAGGGGCGAUCUUUUCGACAUUGUCGUUUGAUCAUCCAUUUUAUGAAACACGGAACCGGAUGUUUCUCUGGCAGAAUCUAUUUUUCUGCAGGAGCAGAUGUUCAAUAAAACGACUCAGAAACCAUUGGAGUUUUUGUUUA